AUGUUUGGGGAGAAAGCAGACACGGUUUCUAUGGCGAUACAUAUUCGACAAGUGGAAAUAACCCUAAAUGCAUUUCGGCCGCGCUGCAAACCAGAUCCAGUCGAAUCCAGAUCUUCUGAGGCAGAGGUCAUUCUCAGUGCGACAUGCGAAAGAUACGAGUCCCAAACUGGAAUUUGUCUGCAAGCGAAAGUCUGGCGCAUCAUGAAAGGCUCCCACCACCUCGAAAAAGUUCACGGCAAAUCAACGACGCUGACAGAAUACGGCGAAGACAUCACGCUGCCGAUUUACGGCUUUGGUGAUAAAGCAAUAUGCAAGUCCAAGAUUCGGCAGGGAGAGACGAAAAUCAUCUUUGCCAAGACAGAUCGGGAAGGCACGAUUUUGACGCUCGCGAGUAGUCCGCUUUCGAUUUCGCAUGGAAAUUUGGAGAAAGUAGAAGCUCUAUCCAAAGGUGAGCUCGUGGAAGAUAAAUGUGCUAGAACUUCGUGCUCAUUUGGAGCUGUUUGUGACCCGACAUCUGGACUAUGUCAAUGCGUGGACAUGCGCUGUGAGAGAGAAGAAGUAGCAGCUGUCUGUGGCUCCGAUGGAGUCACAUAUUUGAACGAAUGCGAAUUGAACGCGGCACAAUGUCGCGAUCAGAAAUUCAUCUCCAUCCAGUACCACGGCCUUUGUCGCGAUGUCCAAAUGUCAGAAAUUGAAUGUCGCCAAGACGAUGAGUGUCACAACGGAUCGAUCUGUAAUGUUGGCAUUUGCAGGUGCCCGGCCUGCGAUGACAAUAUACCUGCUGAUGUCUGUGGUAAUGACGGCAAUACGUACAGAUCAGAGUGUGAUCUGAAUAGAAGAAAAUGCAAGGAAAACAUCCACUCGUUGGCCGUCGAGCACGAAGGAAUCUGUCGAGUAUGUAAUCCAAUUUACUGGGACGGCGCGCCGACAAAAAACUCGCGGUACUGCGAAGGCAGUUGCCUGGAUUGCGAAAAUGAGCCGACGAUAUUUUCGUCUACUGUUUGCGCGACAAAGGGAAGUUUUAGAAGAGUCUUUGGAUCAGAGUGUCUUGCCAAGUGUACGAUGGGCGUAGAUAUUGACUUGAAAAUCGGGAGUUGCUAUGAACCGCCUUGUGAAGAGUGUAAAGAUAAGGAAUGCAAAUUAUUCGGGACGGAAUGGAAGUGCAAUUGCCCGCUUUGCCCAGCGGAGAACCAUCCUGUUUGCGGAUCAGAUGGGGUCACUUAUCAAUCUCUUUGUGUCCUGAAACGGACAAACUGCGAGUUUGGCUCGGGAGUCGAAUUCGUCAGUUCUGGUAAAUGCCCGGAAAGAGAAGAAACAGAGGAAACGUGCAAGAAUGAGUGCUAUUUUGGCGCAUAUUGUGAGAGAGGACGGUGCAAGUGCGAUUUCAAUUGCAAAAAUAUCGAUAGACCAGUCUGCAGUGAUAACCAUAUUGAGUUCAAGAACGAGUGUGCUCUUAGACAAUUCGAAUGCGAAAUCCAGCAACCCGUCCACAUUGCCAAGGAUGGCCAUUGUCCAGACGAUAAUGACGAGAGCAAUUGUCCAAUCUACACUGCUGGUGUCGAGCGAACCGUUGAUGGAGUAGAGUGCCGCUGCCCCGAAUGUGAGCACCAAUUUGGCGAUUCUGCCGUCUGUGGUUCAGACGGAAUUCUUUACGACUCGCGCUGCGAGCUCAGAAGCCAGGCCUGUCACUUCAACCAGGAGCUCUACGAAGUACCGCUGGAACAUUGCGGCGUAGAGGUAGAAGGUUCUGGAGGCGGAGAAGUGUGUAAAUUUGGCGGAGUCGAUGUUUCAGACAGAUUCGACGAUGAUGAAGAAUUCUCAAAUCAAAUUUACUGCCGCUGUAACUGGCAUUGUCCGGAUUUCGGAUCUCAAGUCGUUGCAGAAGGCGUUGUUUUUGACAACUUGUGUAAAUACUACAGAGAUGGAAACUGUAAAAAUCAGCGAGAACUGGUCAUUACCAAGAGCAACUGCAAUUGUAACCAUCCUGGCGCUUACAAUCCUGAAGGACCUUGUGAUCACGAAGAAGGUUGUCUUUGUAAACCAGGCUACAAAGGAAGACACUGUGAUAUUUGCGAGCUGAACUACUAUCAAUUAAAUGGCCUCUGUGUUCAAUGUUCUUGCUCUCAGCAGGGAAGUAGAGGCGCACUUUGUGAUGAAAAUGGACAGUGUUUUUGCAAAGCAGGCUUCAUUGGACAAAAAUGCGACAUAAAAAUCGACGUGCAACCAGACGAGUGCCAAGGCUGCACUUUGGCGGAAGUCGAAUCCGGAGCUGUCUGCGGAGACGAUCAUCGCAUUUAUGGAAGUCUGUGUGGCAUGCGCCGGCUACAUUGCAAUAAAAAGCCAGAAAACCAGCCGGAAGCUGUCAAAUACUUCAAGCAAUGUCUUUUCAGCGGAUAUCCACAGAUAGAGAUUGACAGUGAGGAUGAGUCAUCGGAGGAAUCGGAAAUCAUGGAGGAGAUAAUUAUGCCGCCAAUUUUGCCACCAGCGCCAGAGCCGACGGAAAAUGCAGACGAAGAAGGUUCCGGGGGAUACAUAGAUCCACAAAUUUUGACCUGCGACGACGAAGAAUGCGAAAAUAAUUCAAUUUCAUUAUCGGAAGCGAAACUGCCACAGGAUAGCUCCAUCGAUUUUGACAGCAUGGGAUACGAUGUGAUUCUAACUUUAGCCAAAAAGAUGGACUGGAAUGACAAAGCAAGAAUUGAAAAAGACCUGAGUGAAGUUUUCGCCGCCGAACUCAGGGAUAUCAAAUUGAAAUCUGCCAGUAUUGAUUCAGUCGAGGAAAAAUCCGCCACAGUUCACAUUGAAAUUUCACCAGAUAAACCCUACCUCGAAUCAAAGAUCAACACAUACCUUCAAGAAAACCUCGGUCGAAGUUCAAUCACCCAAUUCAACAUUCUCCAUGGUCAGUGGUUUGGCGGAGAGUCCUUUGAGCGAUACUCUUUCGAGCGCUGUGAUACAACUUACGAGUUCGAGAUCAAAUUCAAGUUCCGAACGCGCGAUCCUAAUGGUGUCAUUUUUUGGGCGGGCAACCCGUUCGCGCUGGAUAAGACCUUGGCGUUGAAGAUAAAAGAUUCGAAACUGGAACUUUCAUUCGCAGAAAACGAACCUUAUCGGUACAAGAAAGCGGUCAACGAUAAUGUGUGGCACACUGUCGAGCUCAAAUUCAACCGCGGUGGGAUCACUUUGAUCUUGGACCAUGUUCCCCGCCCCGAAUACAUCGCUGCCGGAAAGAAGGAUUCGCGAGAACUGGACUUGUCCAAUAUCUACAUUGGUGGAAUUCCAAAAGACGAAGAGCUGGAUAUCCUCUCAAGGCUCGGAAUCAACAAGGGUCUUACCGGCUGCUUCCAGAUGAUAAGCGGCUCGGCGGUAAAAUCGGGAGUUUACGAAAACGCUCACUACCCGGUCAAAUCGGUUUACAGUUAUGGAACUGAGAAAUGCGAUGGAAGAUCACCAUGUCAAAAUAGUUUGAAUGAGUGUGAAAAAGACGAUUCUUGUGUCGAAUGGGACGGUCUUAGAUUUUGUGAAGCUUCAAAGGGACCUCAUCGAUCGCAAGGAGUCAAGAUGAACGGAUCAAGCAUUCUCAUGUUCGAUUCGGAAGAGCCAAAGCGGAUCAGCUCAAUCGAGAUUGAGUUCGAAUCCACACCGGGAAAGGCCAGUUACGGUCUGCUGCACAUCGCCAAAACUGUUGUCCUCUCUGUCGACGAGCGUCGUCUGCGGCUCGAUCUGAGUCUCCACGGCACCGACACCGCCGGAAUGCAAAUUCUUGAGGACCAAUUUCCGCUUGAAGAUGGCGUCAAUACGAAAGUCCGGCUUGAAUUCAAACCUGGGAAAGUGGAGAUGAAAAUGUGCCAGGAUAAAUGUAGAAGCUAUCACAGUCAAACAAAAACCUACAAUCGCCGAAAAAACAGAAUCGAGGGUCGUCUUGUCAUCGGUCAAAUCCAUCCUUCAACAUUCUCUCAUUUGUCCGGCUAUUUCCAGCAGCUGGUCGGCUUCCACGGCGUCUUCCGGUCCUUGAAACUCAACGAUGAACAGUUGGCCCUGUGGCAGGACGCCGAUUUGAGAAGAAUGGUCGCGCCUGCAUAUGAGCCAGCAAUUCCUUUCAGCCGUAAAGUUGGGCCCGUCAAGUUUAACAAUGCAGCCAAGUAUUUCAAUUUCGUCACUGAGCCACUUAUGAUGAUGGAUGAAGUUAGGGUGCAGAUGAAAAUCAAAGUUCCCGAGAACACAGAAAGGGAAACAAUUUACUACAGCAGCAAUGAAUUGGGAACAAGCUCGUUGAAAAUCCAUGUCCGAUCCGGUUACUUGGUUGUGCGACUUGAGAUCGAAGACAUAAAAGACGGAAACGAUGUUCUUCUUGAAUUGGAGUCACUUUAUAGAAUCGACAGAGAUGAAUGGACCGAUAUUGAGGUCGUCUACAAAAAAGAAAAGGACGUCGGUUUCCGAACCCUCAAUCUUCUCAUCGACAAUGGUUCUUAUGCCGACUCCGACCUUGCACUAACUACUGUCGAUUUCGCCGCGGACGGUUUUGCGUUUAUUGGUGGAAUGAAAAACGAAUUCGGUGACUCAAUAGAAGGCUUCCAUGGAUGCAUUUCGGACGUGUACCUGAACAAACGGGAGUUAGAUCUACGCCUUAACCUGAUAGAAGCUCCAACAAGCGGGCUUGGAGAGUGUAAAUAG